AUGGCGAUUGCGCAAGUUUUGCAUGAGUUGGAAGUGAACGUGUCUGCAAGCGAAGCAUGGGAUCUCUACAGCUCACUUGAACUGGCAAAAUUCGUGGAACAAGCACUUCCAAAUCUGAUUGACAAAGUUGAACUCAUACAAGGUGAUGGAGGGGUUGGCACUAUUCUCAAAGUAACAUUUGCAUCUGGGUCUGGUGUGCAUAAGGAAAAGUUCACAAAAGUGGAUCAUGAAAAGCGGGUCAAGGAAGUAGAGGUGAUUGAAGGUGGACUUCUGGAGCUUGGAUUGAGCCUUUACAGAGUUCGCUUCGAAAUCAUUGACAAAGUAGAAGCUCAUUAUUCCUCCUGCUGCUGCAUCAUCAAAACCACAAUUGAGUUUGAUGUCAAGGAAGACGCUGCUCCCAACACCUCCUCCCUUGUGUCUAUCGACCCCUUCAAAAACAUUGCGGAGGCCGCAAAGACCCAUCUCCUCAACAAACAAUCUCAACCUCUACCCAGGCCCACUUAG